GCUUUUGCACGCGUGCAAGUAAACAGGAUUUGUAGAAAAGUUUUCUAUAACGACAGAAAUAUGUUCACGCAGUGGAAGACUGUAUUUGGUGCAGUUUGAGUGUUAGAUAUUUAAGAAGGCUUGAUCAACACCACUGAUUUCAGCAUUUUGUAAACCGUACUCUUUAUCAUUCACUUUUAUUGCACUUGACUAGGAAUCACUGACUGAUGGGUGCAUAGUUCUGCGCUCCAUGACAAUUAAUUGAUAAACCAGCAGAGUUCAAUGACUUAUGGAUACGUAGGUUAGAUCAGAUGAUCUUGUGUUGUUUAGUAGAGCUGUCUUCGACCUAGAAAUUCGGUUGCAACUCCCAAACGUACAAAGUUGAUAUAAAAGCACGUCAUGGCAAGUCUUGCAAGCACCAGCAGCGACUCAUCAUGACAAAGCUUAUCAUUCAUUAAUACGGAUUAUGCUGAACCGAUUUUUCAUAUUGGUCAUUGUGCUGAUCGGCCUUGUGAGGGGAGACAGGAGGUCAAAACAUCCCAAUGUGGUUGUCUUAAUUGCUGACGAUCUGGGUAUUGGCGACCUUGGCUGCUACGGAAACAGCACAAUAAACACGCCCAACAUAGAUAAACUAGCCUCCGAAGGUGUGCGUCUGACUCAUCAUUUAUCGGCAGCUUCUCUUUGUACCCCGAGUCGAGCAGCUUUAUUAACAGGCCGAUACCCAGCAAGGUAUGGUUUGAUUGGGGAGGAUGGCACACCAUCAGUAAUAAUCCAUGUGUCCAGUCGAGCUUCACUCCCUCUGACAGAGAUCACAUUAGGAAAGGCAUUAGAAGCUGCAAACUACACAACAGCAGCUGUUGGUAAAUGGCACCUUGGUAUGAAUUGCGGGUUGUUAGGCCGUGAAUGCGAUGGGCCUAAGAAGCAUGGCUUCCAACAUUUUUAUGGAAUGCCCGCCUCACUGAUGGCGGAAUUCAGAGGGAACCACCCAUUUUGGAUAAUAGACUUCAAUCAGCCUCUUCAUCAGGCUCUUGUAGGAUCAUGGUUGAUAAGUGUGCUGACUUUAUUCUGCGUCGCACGGAAGAUGGAAUUUCACUGGAUGACAAUCCUAUUCUUCGGAAUCUGCUCGAGUAUCCUUUUCCUUAUCUCUUGGUUCGUUGGCACCCACUUUCAGUUCCAUACACAGAAAUGGUGGAAGGUAUCACCAUGGAUGGAUCAAUUCAUGAAUGGAAUUCUUAUGUAUGGCGACCAGGUAAUAGAACAACCAAUUCAACUUGACGGUCUCACGCAAAAUCUAGUGAGUUUUUCACUGAAGUUUAUUGCUGAUCAUGCACAUGACGAUGGCCCCUUCUUCCUCUACCACUCGUUCGGACAUGUUCACACACCCAUGUUUACUCAUCCGUCCAUGGCUGGCAAAAGUCGACACGGGAGCUAUGGAGACAAUGUAGAAGAAAUGGAUGCAGGUGUUGGAGCAAUCAUGGCUGCUCUCACAGAGCACAACCUCGAUGAGGACACCAUUGUUUAUUUCUUGUCUGACCACGGCGGCCAUUUGGAAAGUGUAGAUAAUGAAGGGCACCGCGUUGGCGGACACAAUGGUCUCUUUAAAGGUGGAAAAGGUCAGGGUGCAUCGGAAGGUGGCAUCAGGGUACCUGGAAUUUACAGAUGGAAAGGACACAUCCCAUCUUCUGUCAGCAUCCACGAGCCCACGUCACUGUUAGAUAUGCUGCCGACCAUACUUGACCUGGCUAACUUACCACAGAUACAUGACCUCCUUCCUAACUUGCCUGAGAGAAGACAGAUACAAAACGCUGAAUUCCUCGAAGAUGCUGAAAUGGAAAAAACAAACAGGAAAGCUUACCAGCGCACAAUUGGGGUCAGUGACACAUUCCGAAGAUCACAAGUUUCAGGUAUGUAGCGUGCAUGCCUCUUG